AAUAGUUAUUUUUCCCUCUCUUUCUUCCUCACAAUCUCAUCUCUCUAAUUCUCUCUCUCUCUCUCUCAGAUCUGAAAAAUCAUGAUCGGCAAUUUGAUUUCAAGCUUGAACAAAAAGUUGCAGGCGGUUGAGAUCAGUAAUCGCUGCAGACGAACGAAGAAGACGACUAACGUAUACAGACGUGAUAUGAGCAAGAAGAAGCAGCCGCAGUCGCCAUCGCCGUCGCAGGGGAAGCCGGAGAUCGAGAAAGUGAAGAAGAGAGUGAGAUUUGCAGAUACGGAACCGGUGAUAAUCGCCAUUGACAGAGAGGAGCGGAGUACAGAGGAGGAAACAGAGAAGAAAGUGGUUAGAAUUACGGUGAAAUUAACGAAGCAAGAAGCGAAUCGGAUGCUUUCGAGGUGCUCCGAUGGCGGCGUUCUAGAAUUCGGAGAUGUUGCGAGUGAGCUCAUGCGGAUUCCUGCGGCUCGCGUUAGCUCUUCUAUGACAUGUUAUGGCCGAUGUCUGGAUAUGGAGUGAGGGCGGCUUCCAAUUUUUACGUAGAAAAAAGAGAGACCACAUGCUUGAAUUUAUGAGUCAACAUUUAAUGGUAGCUUUCUAGAAAUUACGGCUUUUGAAUUGUCUGAUAA